AUGAGAAAAGUGAGUGGAACAGGAAAUUCUAAAGUGAACGCGCCAAAAUUCGUGUCGUUGUACUGUUGUAGGGGAGAAAUAAAAGUAAAAGAUCCCAUUCUUCUUGAAUGCUCUCUCCUUCCCAAAACCACCACUUCUCAUCCGACCUCUGUGGGCUUUCCAGGGGCUCGUUUCCAGGCGCAUCAUAUGUCUUUCCAGUACUGUCUCCAUUCCUCUCAGGUUCCCCAUACCAUUUCUAGUACUGCAACCACCUAUACUGGCUUUUCUGAACCCCUGAUUUCCAGACCUCCCAAGCGGGCAAGGACUAUUUCCGAUACCAUUGACCCUUAUGUGGAUGUGCUCUUCAAUUUCAUCAACCAGGCUGCUGACCCUAUACAACUUCUAUCGGACCUGAAUGAUCGUUUCAAGGAGAAGAAUACCUCCAAUGUCGAUACCUUGCACCAGGGGACCGAAGAUGAAGCCGACCACAUCUCUAGUGAUCCGGGUAGAGUGCCCAAAGACCAGGUGUUCAUGCUCAUUGCCUUGCUCACAUUGGUGGCAUUAUCUUUAGAAACUUAUAAUUCACCAAAAUUUAAGUUGUUCUUUUGGCGAUUGCUACUGCAAGGACUAACUACCAAAGAACACUUGAACAAAUGGCUGAAUAUAGACUCCACUUGUAGUCUAUGUCAUAACCUGUAGCAUGUAUUUUUCUCCUGCGAGAUUACUCAACGAAUAUGGGCUUCUGGUCUUCUUUUUUUUUCGACCUUCUAGCCUUCCCUUUACAUCUGUUGACCAGCUAAUUGUGUAUCUUUAUAAUUCUAGCAACUUGUCUAUGUCUGAAUUAACCUCUUUAUUUAUUGUUC